GGUUUCCUGCUCGCGAUUUACAUCAGUCCCAGGGGAAAACAGCGAUAAAAACCAUUAUGGCAAAAAUUACUCUGAAACUGGGCAAUAUAUAAAUCUUUGUCAAACAAAAUCGUCUGUGAAAUAAAAACUUAUAAAAUUAUAUCAAAAUUUUGGUUUUAACAGCAAGAAAGGCGGCUAGAGAAUGAUCAAUUCUCGUGCUCUACACUGACUACUAACUUUCCUAACAUCUGAUUUGCUAAAGCCAAUAGAAACAUUUAUAACAGUUAUAGAACAUUCGGAACAUCAAUACAAUUUUCCUCGCUAUACAACGAAACGCGGGAAAAUGUUAUAAUUCACCCCUCAGACUCCGGUUCUGAUUAGCUUAUCAAAAUGCAUAAAGAGCCAUAAUUUGAUUCAAGACCACGUGGUUGUAGAAAAACAUACAAAAUGAGGACUGCUCCUGUCUACCUUUAGUCAUUACAACACGACAAUGAUCAUUGAAGUCAGAAAUCAUUUUCACAAGUCAGUCUACCUGACAGCCCAUGAACAUUUCAAUGUAAUAAUGUACAAAAACCUGAUGUGAUGUUAAAAUUGGACGCUUGAGUGGUUUUCAGUAUGUUUUAGCACACUGACAUUUCAUAGCAUUUCUAUUGACUUUUAAUUAAGAUAGCCGGCGGUUGGGUUAAUUUGGGAUGCUUAUUACAACAUCUGGAAUUUGCUGAGAAAAGAAGUUACAAGAAACAUGAAGAACCUUAUGAUAUGGACUCUAUUUUCAGUAUUUGGUAUAUUGAAAGGUCAGUUCCCUCCGAUGUUCUUUCCCCCCAGUUUUGUUCAGCAUGAAAUUUCCAGAGGAGCAAACGUACUCGGUGUCGAUACCUCUUGUCCUUCUUUUCGAUGUGUUUCUAUCCCAGAAGGUUGUGCCCAACCUCAGAUUAUUGUGAUCAAUGGACGACGGUGUCCGUUUUGUCCAAGAAACACUUGUCAAGAUUCGAAUACCCCCCAGGAACAAACGGAUGGAAAUCAAAUCGUGUCAUCCACAUCCGAGCUCUCACAGACACACACAAUCGGCGAUAUCUCAUCAUCAAACACGAUAAGUAAUGAUGUGAAACUGAAUGAACGUCAGACAACGGAGCAUAUUACAAGGUCUUCAAGUUCAAGGUCCCAUACAAAUGACCGUUCAUCUUCAUCAUCGAGAUCUGCAUCUUCUGCUUCAUCAAGGUCUAGUACUGUUUUGAAUUCUAUUCAAAGGAACCAAAACGUUAUCGCCUCAUCGAAUCCCGAGUCCCCGUUCUACAUACCAGACAUAAAUAAAAGACGCAUUGUGCAUGGAGGUGACCGAGGAAUACGAGGUAGACGCGUGAAUGUACCGUCAUCGCGACGACGUUCUGAACCUUCUUCUCAAAGGUCACCCACACGUCCCCGUCCGUCUGAACGUCCUCGUAGUGAAAGCACAAAGCUGCAACAAGCAAGUAAGGCGACACCAAGUGCACCGAAGACACUUCCUCAAGUUGAAAACCAACAAAAUGCACCUGAUCUUUUCCCAUUAUAUGACACUUCCGUGACUAAAUCUAAAGGAAAAGAAAAUGAACAUACACAAUCUAAAGCUACCUCUGACACCAAAGCACCAGUGAGACAAGGUCCCGAGAAGCCCAAAACUACACCUGCUCCUUCGCACAGAACUCGAGCCGAGAGGCAGGCAAGACCUGCCAUACGUGUAGUUUUCCAGUCAAUGAAUCGAAAUCGUUCCCCACAAGAAAACAAACAGUCCAAUCAAAUUCAACCAAAUGCACGAUUACCGACCCGCGUACUACCGUCGGGAAACAACGCUCAAACAAACAGAAUUUCGAGAAUGCCAUUGCCGCCAUUUUUCCAUAGUGUCGCAGGUUCUCCAUUUACAAGGGUUGUGCAGCAAGGAUCCCAAAACAGUCAAAAUAAUAAUAUACCAAAUGGCAACACACAACUUCAGAAUCAGCAACGUCAGAUUAUCAACGGUAUAAAUCCUUUCAUACCGGCAUUUCUCUUAAACCAGGCUAGAAUUAACAAUGCAAACGGUGCUUUACCUCCAUCUAGUGCAGCUGUUCCAAGUGUAUCUUCAGGUAAUGCUGCACAAAUCCAAAAUUUAAGAAAUUUACAACAUCUUCCGCCAUUCUUUAGGGGUCUGAUACCAUUCAAUCCCACAAUUAAUCAAAACACGGUUCCAGGAAUGGCAAACAAUGUUCAAACUAACCAAGUGCAACCAGCCAGCGCUGAUCCCACUGCUCCGCCUGUUAAUCCAGAGGUGCAAGCUGAAAUCAACCAAUGGAUGGAACAAAUGACCAUGCCAAUUCAGCAAAUUCUUGGGAAUGGGCCGUCACCAACCCAGAGAUCACCACAAGAAAAUCAGAACCAGGGGACAAACCAAAUGGCGCUACCAACUCGGCUAAUUAUGAAUGGGGGCCAAACUCCAAAUCCACAAGCACUUCAAAAUUCUGCUCCAAACCAAGCUCAGUUCCAGCAGUGGUUACGACAGAUGGCGCUCCAACAACUUGCCCGAGGGCGGACAGUCAAUCAGGCUACGCCACAAGGAAUUUUUCCAAAUCCCACAUCCUUACAGACACAGAACGUAAAUCGUAUCCAUAACCCGGGUUCAAGACCGAUAAACGCUGCUGGGCUAAAUACCGUGAAUCCGCCAUUGACACCCCAAAAUAAUGCAGCGGCAAGUAACAAUGACAUGACACAGUGGCUCAACAGUGUUAGUCAGGACAUCCAUCGACAGAUAACUCUUAGUGCUAACCCUGGAGCACAACCCAACGCCAGUCCCCAGCCUGUUAGGAAUGGUCUACCACAGGUUAUCAAUAAUACCCCACCUAUAAAUGGAGGAGGGAACCAGGCCACGGGAAACAGCUGGCUAAAUCGGAUGACACAGCCGAUACAUCAAGAACUAACCAGGACUCCUGGUAACGCCCAGACACCCCCUAGUAGUGGGGGGAGUGACUUAGCUGGAAGUUCUUGGUUCAAUGAAAUGCUUAAUCCAAUUGAACAGAAUCUUGGGGGAGUGUAGUUAUAGUGAAUCCUGAUAAAAUUGUGAACAACGACCGAAACAGUACAGUGACAACAGGGUAUCACUCUACCAAAUGUUUCUACUGCUUUACCAAAUAAUGCAAUGACGGUGAACAUUUGCUUUAUCUCCCGGUGCUAAUCUCCAAGGACUAUGUGUACAAAUAGAGAAUAAUUGAUAGACAUUUUUCGCACACAUGUGAGGAAUCUUACACAAUACAGCCGUCCAAUAUUAUUUUUAAAUUCUCUGUUGUGUUAUUGACUAUAGUUAAGUAUAAUGUAAUGUAAGUGUAGAAUGUAUCCAUGUUUGUUACUGAAAUGUUUCGACCAUUGUUUAACAUGAUUGUACAUAAUUGUUUAAUUAAUUUAUGGGGUUGUUACGAAUAAAAUUAUAAAAAAAUUACAUAGCAUUUUCUUUCCUAAAAUAUUCUUCAAUACGUUAACGGGACUCGAUAAGGUGAUUUUACCAUG